CUUUGCGCGGCUACCGCUCACGGAAACAAGAAGGUCGCAGUCAACAGCGUUUUACCGAGACAGAGAAGAAUCCAGACCGUAAUCAUGCUGGGACAGGCUGUAAGACGAUUCACAACGUCUGCUGUUCGUUCUUCGCAUUAUGCUGAAGGACCAGGGAAGAACCUGCCAUUCUCAGUGGACAACAAAUGGCGUCUGCUCGGCAUGAUGGUGCUGUUCUUUGGCAGUGGCUUUGCAUUCCCCUUCAUCGUCGUCAGACAUCAGAUCCUGAAGAAGUAAAAUGGACCAGUGCUGUUACUCAGCCUUCAAGGUCGUCAGCUGGAGCAUAUUUAUCCAUCAGAGUGCUAGCCAUCUAGAAGAAUGGGAAUCUCUUAAUUUUCUUUGUAAAUAAAGUUUACUCAAAUAUAUUAAA